GUCAAAAAAUUCAACACACCAGCAGUGUGAGGAGACCUGAAAGUGGCACAUGGCAUGGCAGAGUGUGGCGAUGGAGACAGCAGCAAUGGGAGGCCGUACAGGGACCCAUGAGAGACUUUGGACUUGGCAGCAGCAUGAGGAAGCGGUAUAUAGGGGCCCAUGGCAGAUUAGGGGCCUGGCAGCAGCUAUGGGAGGCCCGUAAUCUGCCAGCACCCUAUGUCAAAAAAUUCAAUACACCAGCAGUGUGUGAGGAGACCUGAAAGUGGCACAUGGCAGAGUGUGGCGAUGGAGACAAC